CAUUGAUUAAUUACCGUAAACAUCAUUUAAAAUAAUUGUUUUUACCAUUAUCCCCAGAAGCUGUCAGUUGUAAUUCAGAAUUCAGACUUUUAAAUAAAGCCUAAAUGCAGCUUUAACAGGUUGCAGAGUCGGAGAAGUGGAUUAAUUGAUUUUUUGCGCAUUUCUGAUAUAAAGGAAGUGAUAAAUGCCUGGAGCCUGGAUGCCUAUUUGAAAGCUCUGUACUAUAGAUCACAUGCUGCAUUAGCAUCUUUGUAAAUGAUUGCCUCACAAUCGAACUGAAGCUAACUGAUAUAGAACUGAUAGACAAAAAAAAACCAAUUUACAACCAAAACAUCGGUUACUACAAUUUCUCAUAAAGAAGUAACACAAACAACUUGAACGCAUAUUUCUACAAUAAUAAUCUACAAUCAAAGAAGAAAAUUCAGGCUGGAAAAUUUAAUGUUUAUUUUGUUCUGAAGUUUUCAAACAAGUUUAAAAUCCAUAAAUUAUCAAAAAAGAGCAAUUCUAGGAAGUUAUAAACAUAAAAUGGAAUACAAUGUUCACUGAUGAAAGACACUGACACAAACUUGAUGAACGGCAGAGACAAAUCGUUAAAAGCUUUCAAGUGAGAUAAUUAUCCAGCUCGGAUGCUUUUUUUCCAAUUUGAGGUGACAUAAUUUGAACUGUGUAACAAAACCAUUUAAUAUACAUUUAGUUGUGACAGAUGCCGUAGGAAAUCUAUUAUUUCCUGUUCAUCCCUGCAGACAUUCAGAUGAGGAAAAUUAUGGAACUACAAUACUGACAGUGCCAAUUUACAAUUUAACUAGUCCAAAUAACGAAAAUGGUAGUCUUCUAUUUAAAUCUACAAGACAUCAACACAAAACAAUCCAACUUCCAUUUCAAUCUCUGGCGACUCUACAGGAUGAUUCAUCAGCUGAAGUAAUUAAAGAAAAGAAAAUGUGAUAAUUGAACUAUUUAAGGAAACAUGCAUUUAUCCCAAAGAGAGCUCAUAAAAAGGAGAUUUAUUAUAUUUUUGCUGCUUGGAGUGAAAUUAUUCACUGGUAUUGAAAGUAGAAUGGAUUGGAAUGUGGAAUGUCCUUUGAAAUGUGCUUGCUAUAUCGGAAGAUUAGAUACAGAAAAUUUCAAACAAGUCAUGAAAAUUGUCAACUGUACAAAGGCUGGACUUUCUUUAAUACCACAAAACUUGUCUUCUUCCACCGAAGCUUUAAUUGUGUCAAGUAACUCAAUAAAAGAUCUUGAUCUUCCACCUAGGAUGAGACAGUUGAAAUAUUUAGAUGUGUCGAACAAUAAGGUUACAAGUUUUGACAAACAAAUACAAAAACUGAUUCAACUGAGAAAUCUUAAUCUACAUAGUAAUUUUAUCACUUCUCUAAGAAAUGGACAAUUUUCAGGCUUGAAGUAUUUAAUAAACUUAGAUUUAUCCAAAAACAAAUUACGUUACAUCGAGAAACAUGCAUUUGGAGGAUUAAACUACGUUCAACGUCUGAAUUUAGAAGAUAACAACUUGAAUAUACUUGAAAAUCAAUGGUUUGUUGGGAUGCCAUCUUUAAAAUGGUUAUAUUUGUCAAGGAAUGUUUUGAGAGAAUUGAAGAAUGGUGUAUUUGAUACAUCAAAUCAUCUCGAUACUAUCAGUUUUAAGGAAAAUAAAAUACGGAAUAUUGAGAAUAAUGCUUUCUUUGGGCUAGAACAACUUGCUACACUGGAUCUUUCUAACAACAAUAUAUUAUCUAUUCCAUCAAAAUCAUUUCUCAAGCUUCCAAAUUUAAAGAAACUGAAUUUUGAUGGCAAUCCAAUUUACAGACUAGUACGGGAAACAUUUUGUAAUCUUAACGUUUCUGUACUUUCACUAAGUUACAUGCCACACCUUUCAGUUAUUGAGGAAGGUGCGUUUGUCAACUUAAAAAAACUCAUAUCACUUCAAAUUCAUGACAAUCAGAAACUUGUGUUCAUUGAUCCAAAUGCAUUUGACAACAUUCCAAGUCUUCGAAAUUUAUAUAUUCACAAUAACCGCUUGCGUGUGCUUCCUCACAAAAUUAUUCAAAGUCUGCCAUCAAUUAAAGUUUGUCAUUUUUACAGCAAUCUUUUGCAUUGUGACUGUAACAUUGACUGGAUGGUCAACGACAUCUUGUCUAAAAAUCACACAUCAAUCAUGUACGAUGGGGCCAUGUUAAUUUGUUACACUCCUCCUAGCAGGUAUGGACUGCCGAUUGUCAGUCUUCCACAAACAAAUGAAACCCAAAACUGUGUUCCAAUGACAAUUCCUAUCUACGAUAAAAAUUAUGAAAUGAGUAUUGGUGAAGAAUUACGACUUGAAUGUCAUGCGACCGGUGUUCCUGAACCAAAUAUAACUUGGAUGUUACCCAAUGGAUCAAUGUUGUCUCAGAGCAUUAAAUACAAUAGAAUUGAAGUGAAAGAUAAGUUUAUAUUAAUCGUAAGACAUUUACAAAAGUCUGACAGCGGUUUGUAUGCAUGUCAGGCUGCGAACAGUGAAGGUUUCGAUAUAAGUGAAACAUUGGUCAAAGUAAUCAAUAAGCCUAUAAGAAUAAUUGCAUUACCAUCAACCUUAAAUUACAUUACAAUUACGUGGAAUGGCACAAAAUACUGGUCUAUGAUUUCCGAUUAUCAAAUACAUUACAGAGAAGCUAAGAGUAGAGUUAAUUAUAGGAUUGUUCAUCUAAGCCCGUAUUCAAGACGAUAUACAUUUUCUAAUUUAAAAUCCUAUACGAGUUAUGAAUUUUGUAUUGUCUAUGUCUAUUCUACCGAAAUGUAUCCAGUGGAUUGUAUCAAUGCAACGUCUGGAAAGGCAUUAGAUUAUCUUCCAGGAAUUACGUCUGUCAAUACUAAAGCAGUGGCUGCUGUAAUAACAAUAGUUGUUAUGAUUUUUAUAUUAGCAUGUGCAAUAAUGGUUGUAAGAAAAUUUAAGAAACGGAAGAGCUACAGUAGCACUACUGAUGAAGAAGACACAUUUGUUACGACACAAAUUCCAUUAGAAAAUGUCUACCAGCCCAAUACCUAUAUGUGUUCUUCAAAAACUUCCUUAAUUAGAGCUCAAGAACAAUAAAGCAGCUUAAAUGAUUGAAGUUAUUCUUAAUUUAAAUUUUCAUUACAGUCAUACCUGAAUUUACCAUUGGAAUGAAUGAAAGUUGAUGAUAUAAUUAAGAGAGAUCACAUUAAUUUCCAUGUAAUUAUAUAUGUGUCAAUUCAGUCUUUAUUUGUUCAUCAGCAACUUAAAAUAAUAACUCCUUUUUAAGAGGAAAAUUAUUUCAAUGAAGCAGACUUUAGAGAAUCUUUAGGAACUAAAAGAAAUGUUCACUCCUUUUAUUUCAUUUUGUGCUUCAGAUGACUUUUGAAGGUCUAAAAUAAGCAAAAUAUGAGACUUUGCUAUAUUUAUACGACUAAUGACUUCAAUGGGGAAUGAAUCUGUGAGCUAGAAUGGUUUUUAACUUGGUUGAUCUUCUAAAAGAGGGGAUAAAUAAGGCAAGAUUGGAUGUAUUUAUUUUUGUUUUAUUUGCAUAAUAUUUGAAAAAUCAAAAAUCAUUUCAUUGUUUCAUUUUUUAAUGUAAAAAAAAAAAGUAAAUCAAAAGUGGUCAGUAUUGAAAAUAUCUAUAUAUAGGGCAUCAAAAUUGAAUUGUACAGUCAUGAUAAAAUAACUUGCACAUGUUUUUGUUGUUAUAAUUAAAGUCAACUGAAAAAAAUAUGAUUAAAUCAUCAUAACCAGAUUACAAGGAAAACACAUUUGGAAUACAAAUGUACUAUCUACAUAUUCAACAGUUAAAUACUUAUUUUUCUUUCAUAUUUUUUUCAUAGAAAUAUAUUUUAAGCAUUAAGAAAAUUGUUUUGUUUUAUAACUUCACAAGUAGAAAAUGAAGUUAAGAACUGCUACUAGAUUUAAAUGUUAAACCUUUGUUGUAUUGAUAGUACAUUUCUAGUCUGUUAUGAAUAAAGAUCAAAGUAAAAAAAAAUAUGUGUGCUUCAAAAAUACACAAGAAGAAAAAUUAAUGUAAAUACAUUGAAAUAAGGUAAAAAAAAUUAGGUUAUGUUUUUCUAAUUUUAGUUGAAACCAAUAUCAUCUUUGCUUUAAGGGGGUAAAUCUGGGCUAAAGGAGAUAACUCUAUGAAUCAAAAAUGUGUUUGUAAUAGUCAGUGUUUCAACAAUGCUUUUUAAACAUUCAUGUGAAACAGAAUCAAAAUAAUCUAUGCUACUUUAAAGCUUACAAUAUAUUGAUGAAACUGGUUGACAAAAUCAACAAUGAAAAAACCCUUACUGUAUAGUAUGUCAGCUAUAAAAGGCCAGUAUUUCUAUUCUAUUACAGGUUCUGACAAGAAUGGUAUAUGCAUGUGGACAUAUUGUAACUUAUGAUAGAAGUAUUUGGAUUCCAUCAAAUAAAAUCAAUUCUUUAUAUAACAAAACUUAAUUGUCUGGGAUUUGACAUGACAAUUUAAAAUGUCCAUUUUUUGUUCUGUUCAACUUUGUUACUAGCAUAUUGACCAAGAUACCUUUUAAAUAUACAAGGGAUGAUGUAUAAAUUCUUAAUAUUUUUCCAGAACUGUGAUGAACUAAAAGCAAAAGUAUAGAUGUACUGGUAUGUACAUAUUAAACAUUCUUUCUUAAACUGAUGUGUUAAUAUAAUUUCAAUUUUUGUUCACUAAAAAACAGUGGUAAUUCAUGGAAUAAAUUAGUAUUACCAGUUCCCUUAUGUUCACUUUGCCCAUCUUCCAUGUCUACUAUUGAUGGUUUUACAGAAAAAUCAAAAUUGUUAUAACUAAAUCUAGUCAAAAGCUCUUCAAGGUACAAUUGUAUAUAUUUUACACACAUGCUCUGCAUUGUUAUUUUAUAAUCAUUGUGUAAAUAAAAUUUAUGUGCUAUAAUGAAA